AUGACUGAUUACAACCCCCCGACUGGAAUACCAACAGGCGCUGGAACCCUGACACUUACAAAACUUCCAUCCAGACCUAUUAUCGUCGUCGGGGGUGGGCUCGCGGGGUUGUCCGCGGCACACCAGGCGUACCUCAACGGGAGCAACGUAGUGCUCAUUGACAAACAGUCAUUUUUCGGGGGCAAUUCCACCAAGGCAACCUCUGGGAUCAACGGGGCCUUGACCAGAACGCAGAUCGAUUUGAAGCUUGCGGACUCAGUCCAGCAAUUCUAUGAAGACACCAUGAAGACGGCGAAGGACAGAGCCAACCCUGAAUUGAUCAAGGUCUUGACGUACAACUCUGCGGAUGCGGUGCACUGGUUGCAGGAGGUGUUCGGGCUUGACUUGACGCUUGUGUCGAGAUUGGGCGGCCAUUCGCAACCGAGAACGCACAGAGGCAAGGACUCCAAGUUUCCCGGCAUGGCCAUCACCUAUGCGUUGAUGGAGAAAUUGGAGCAGUUGGCGGAGGAUGAGCCAGAAAGGGUCGCGUUAAUUAAAAAGGCUGAGGCCACCAACUUGCUCAAACAGGGAGCCAAGACUACAGGGGUCAAGUAUGUCCAGGACAAAAAGACACAGCUGUUGAGCGGGCCUGUGAUUAUGGCGACCGGUGGCUACGCCGCGGAUUUUACCAAGACGUCUUUGUUGAAGCAGUACAGACCAGACAUCAUCGACCUUCCGUCGACUAACGGGACGCAUGCCACUGGUGACGGUCAGAAGAUCAUCUUGCAGAACGGCGGGGUAGGCAUCGACAUGGACAAGGUCCAGGUGCAUCCUACCGGGCUUCUCCAGAUCGACUCCCCGCCCACCAAGAUUGGCGGGGCCAGUGCAAAGUUGCCGCGCUACUUGUUCUUGGGUGCAGAGGCCUUGCGCGGCGAGGGGGGGUUCAUGAUUGACUCCACGGGGCGCCGCUUCUGCGACGAGUUGGGCACCAGAGACUACGUUUCUGGAGAAAUGACCAAGGUCAAGGGCCCGAUCAGAUUGAUCUUAAACUCUAAGGCCGCCAACAACUUGGCCUUCCAUGUCAAACACUACACCCACCGCGGAUUGAUGAAGCCCCAGAAGGCAGCCGACAUUGCCAAGGAGAUGGGCAUCGAGCUCAGCGUAUUGAAGGAGGAAAUGUCCAAGUACAAUCGGUACGCCGAGGGAAAGGCCAAGGAUCCGUUUGGCAAGCAGUUUUUCCCAUCCACCCCUCUUGCCGUAGACGACGACUUCCAUGUGUCUUUUGUCACCAGAGUUUUGCACUUCACCAUGGGUGGGGUCAAGAUUAACCUGAAGUCUGAGGUUUUGGAUGCCAAGAACAAGGUCAUCGAGGGUCUCUAUGCCGCGGGUGAGUUGGCUGGUGGGAUUCACGGGCACAACCGAUUGGGAGGCUCUUCCUUGCUCGGAUGUGUGGUUUACGGUAGAGUCGCUGCUGAUGCCGCCACCAACCACUUGUUGCAGACCUUGUCGGUGGCACCUGUUUCCACCGCACAGCAGAGAUUGAAGCAGAUCAGUAUCCACUUGGAUCCAAAUGUACCGGACAGAGUCACGAUUGACUGGGGUAAUGGCGAGGUGACAUCGCCCGUUGAGACCCCAGCUAAGACAGUUAAAGCUCCUGCCAAGGCCUCGGCCAAGAAGGCGCCAGUGAAGAAGCCGGUGGUCAAGGCGUUCAAGAUCCCAGCGAAGGAGUACACCUUGGCCGAGGUUGCCAAGCACAACACCGCGGGGGACUGCUGGGUCAUUGUGAAGGACUGUGUAUUGGACUGCACCGGCUUCUUGGCUGACCACCCGGGCGGUGAGCAGUCAAUUAUCAACUUUGCCGGCAUGGAUGCCACCGAGGUGUUUGCGAUGUUGCACGAAGACCGUGUCAUUCCGAAGUACGCUGCCAGUUCCGUCAUCGGGCGCGUCAAGGGAAAGACUCCUAAGUUAGAGCUCUAA